AGAGUUAUCAGAUUUAUUCUUCUGUUUGAUCCUAAAACUCUGAACUUGGUCUCUCCAGGUUCCUCUGAGGUUCUCAGAGGAGCUUUCAUGCUUUUUAUUGAGUUAUUCAAUUAAACACACAAAUUAAAAUAAUCUGCUUCAAUAAUCAAUAAAUAAUUUCAGGAGUUUUUCAGGCAAAAACAGCAAAAGUUCAGAUAUUUCAGCUUCUCCAAGGAAAAUCUGCGGAUUUUAUUCCAGUAAUCUGAAAAUUUAUCAGAUCUAAAAACAUCUGAGAGGGACUAUUUGAAUCCACUGGGUCAAUCUGUUCUAUGUUCAGUCUGAUAUCAUAGAGUUUAAAUACUUAAUGAGCUCCAUCAAUAAUACAUAUAUAUGUUCUCUAGCAGGCAUUAGAGGAGUCAGGAACAUUUCUGUUAUAUGUCAUGUUCUACUGAGAGUAAUGGGAAAAUGAGUCAGGUAACCUAUAUUCAUAUGUAAUAAUGUAUCUUCAUCUAUAAUAUCCUUUAAAUUAAUAUGUAAAAUGAAUAUAAAUUAAUAUAUGAUCUUCUUCACAUUAAUCUGUAAUAUUCCUGUAUCUUCAUAAUAAUCUUUCUUUUCAUAUAGAACACUGAAUGAAUCUCGUAUUUAUCAGUUUUCUUCUCUGCAGUUUUAAACUGAACUCUUCAAAGGGAGGAGGCGGAGCCUGAGCUGAUUGGUCAGCAUCAGCAGGUCCAGGAAGUGACAUCACCUGUGGACAGGUGCAGGAGGAGCCUCUGAUGAGGUCACAGAGUCGCUGCUGACAGGAAGCAGAAAGAUGAAGACGCUGCUGCUGGUCGCCGUGAUCGUCUCCGUUGCUGACGGCGGGGUGGAGCGCCUCCAUAUUGGACCCUCCAUGCCCGGAUCUCCCUCCAACAUCAGCAGCAGUGACCGCAGCCUCCGGAGGGUCGCCUUGGCCGCCGCCUACUCCUUCAACGACCAAUCAAAUGACGCUUUCCUCUUCAGGCCGUCGGCCAUCCUCGGUGCCCAGCGGCAGGUGGUUAAAGGUUUUCGGUAUUUCAUAGAUCUGAAUAUAUCCAGAACCGUUUGCCACAAACGAGAUGACAAGAAUCUGCAGAGCUGCGACUUCCAGCCUGAAGGACCCCUGAAGCAGACGUUCUUUUGUCACGCUGACGUCUGGUUGGUUCCCUGGAAGAACCAGACGGAGACACUGCUGCUGCUGUGUAAAGCCUGAACAUCUGGAAACAUCUGGAGACAUUUGGAUGUCUCUGAGCUUCAGAACAAACUGAUUUAGUUUAUUCUGGAUUGUGUUUCUGAUCUAUGAUGGAACUUCUGAACUUCUAUCCUGAUAAUAUUAAAAUGUUGAAGAUUU